AUGUCGCACCGUAAAUUUGAGAAGCCGCGUAGCGGUUCGCUCGGGUUUUUCCCCAAGAAGCGUUGCAAGUCGCAUCGCGGCAAAAUUAGGUCUUUUCCUAAGGAUGAUCCAAGCAAGCCCCCUCACUUCACGGCCUUUAUGGGCUACAAGGCCGGUAUGACCCACGUGACCUACGAGCCCGACAAGCCCGGGUCCAAGCUUCACAAGAAGGACACCGUGGAGGCUGUCACGAUUGUUGAGACACCUCCGAUGAUUGUUGUCGGUCUUGUGGGUUACAUCGAAACUCCUCGUGGCCUUCGCGUUCUCAGCACUGUGUGGGCCGGCCACCUCUCAGACGAGUGCAGGCGCAGAUUCUACAAGAAUUGGUACAAGUCGAAGAAGAAAGCUUUUACCAAAUACGCCAAAAAAUAUGCGGAAACAAAGAUGAGCAGGAAUGUCAGCCGUAUUGUGAACUACUGCACUGUCGUGAGGGCUAUCUGCCACACCCAGCCUUCCAAGACGCCGCUCUCAGUGAAGAAGGCUCACAUCAUCGAGAUCCAGAUCAACGGUGGUAGCAUCCAGGAGAAGGUUGACUACGUCACCGGGAUGUUCGAGCAGCCCCUUCCCGUUAGCGCGGUCUUUUCGGGCAACGAAAUGAUCGAUGUAUUGGGUGUUACCAAGGGUCACGGAAUGAAGGGUGUUAUUAGUCGUUUUGGAGUUACGCGCCUGCCGCGUAAAACUCACAGAGGGUUGAGGAAGGUUGCGUGCAUUGGUUCAUGGCACCCGGCAAGGGUACAGUUCCAGGUUCCUCGCAGCGGUCAGAAGGGUUAUUUCCACCGCACCGAACGCAACAAGAAGAUUUACAGGAUAGGUUCUGGCACAAACCCAAGGAACGCGUCUACCGACGCUGACCUUACGGAGAAGCAAAUUACUCCUAUGGGUGGUUUCCCUCACUACGGACCUGUGAAGGAAGACUUCUUGAUGUUGAAGGGAUGCAUUGUUGGUACCAAAAAGAGGCCGAUUGUGCUGCGCAAGACGCUCGCCCCACAAGUGUCGAGGGAGGCCCUUGCCGAGAUCAACCUCCGUUUCAUCGACACGUCGAGCAAGUGGGGCCACGGUCGUUUCCAGACCUCCGAAGAAAAGCAGAAGUACUACGGCCCCCUUAAGAAGACUGUCACAAACACUGUGGCUGCCGCAGUUUCGUCUUAA